GAAGAGAGCCACCAUGGACGCCGAGUGUAGCUUCGUUCACGGGCGGUAGCAACCUGUCGCACAACUCUCACGGCAGCAUCGGCGGCCAGCAGCAGCAUUUAGCAACCUUCCAGGAUUCGCGCAAGACCCAAACCCUCGAUCCCAAGAACCUCGCCAACCUAAAACGUGGCCCGACACCCGCCUGGAACCAGACGGGCCGACCCUUGCCAGUGCCCAAUCCCAGCACCAACAACAGUUGGGACAUAGAGGCACACUCGCGCAGCAACAUGAACCAGUUCCGCUCGCUCGUGCGCAACAAGGCACCGGGAUCGGUUCGCAUUCAAGACCAGCAGCAUCACCAGCAGAAUCAGCAGCAGUCGAUGCAGGACCAGGUUCGCACCCUCGAUAGGAACUUCUCUAGGGCGCACAGCAACGGCUAUGACGGAAGUCAUUCCGUAGGGGUCGGAAAUAACGCAGGCAGCACCGUGCCCAAUAUGUACGGUACGUACAAUUGGAGGCACGACAAACACCAGCAACAUCAGCAGCAGCAGCAACAACAGCAACAACAGCAGCAGCAGGUGUCGACGCUCAGUCAAGUACAGGGAAGCGAUCCUAAUCUGUACGCUGUUACCGAGCUGUAAGCUGUGUAUUAGGCCAUGCGGUUUUUAGGAUAGACAGCGUAUCUUUUUACAAUAUCUUUUCUUAGAUACAAUUUUGAAAAGGAUUGCUAUUCUUUCACAAAAGGGUAAUAAGAGAAGAUUACUAAAAGAAACGUAGUCUUGGCUCAGACUAAUCUGGAAGGGGUGGAAUGUAUUGCAAGUCGUUGCGCAAUUGUAUUUUUAAACUAUUCCUUGGACUGUUUUUAAUUUUUACUGCUACUUUUUUUUGGAAAAUAAUUUUUCUAAUAUUGCAAAACCAAGAAUUUACAUAAAAUGAUUCGUGAUCUGCUUUUGUGUUUUACCGAAUUAAUUUAUUUCCACGCUGAUUUUUUUAUGUUACGUUGAUAAAACGUGAUUUAAAAAGCAGUUGCUCAGCGACGGUACAAGGGAAAAAGUAGAAAAAUACAAAAAAAAAGUCUUACAUACCCUGUAACAGCGUAAUUGCGUUAAAGCGUCUGUGCGUUCAGUUGGUGGUGGUGGUGGCAGGUGAGGGCUUUUUUUCCUUUAGUUCAACGCGAUAAGUGUAUCGAGCGAGAAACCAAAGAGCGAAAAGAGGGGGCGUUUAAAACCUCGGAAAUCGAAGAAGAUGAAAAAAUUAAAAACGAGAACCUUUGAAGCCUAAGAGAUGUUCAUCGAAUAGGAAGACAAAGGAAGUAGUAGGAGGGAAAUUUAAUCGAAGAUUAACUAGGCGUAUUACACGUAUAUCGAUUGUAUUUGUAUAUCAUGUACAGUGGCCAUGAUAGAGUUUGUUUAUCUAUUUUGUCCUAUUAUCCUUACGAGUAUGCAUUUAUUAUAUAGUUUAAUAAGAGAAAAUGAAGGAAGGAUUUUAUAGGACCGUUACUUCGACACUUUUUAUACUUGAGAUCUAUAUAAACGUACUUUACGUUAGAUCCUUUAAGGUUUUAUCAUUGAUUUAUAAUGAUAUAAUUUAGUUGUAGUUUUGAUUAAUAUAAUGAUUAUAUUAUAAAUGUGAGAAGUAUGGAUUAUGUGUUACUUUUAUACCAUAAUUGCUAUUAAGAAGUGCCGAAGUAUCGUUAUCUAGCCACUUCCUAGAAAUAAUUUUAGUAUUUUUUAAGUUUUGUAAAUGAGUUCCACGUUCGUGUAUCCGAUGUGUAAUUUGAUAUCGAAAUGUUUAAAACAAAAGACAUUUGUUGUAAUUUUUUUAAGAACUUUUUUUACUACGAAGAUUGAACCUAGCACGACAUAAUGACGUGCGUUGUAACACAAAUUUGGUGAGCGUUUUCUUUUUAACGUAAGAGACCGUAAGAAAAGCGAUAUUAAUUGAAAAUUCACGUGAAAGGUAUACCAAGAGACACUUUUUUAUACAAUCUUUUUACACUUUAAUAUUGAAAAGAAAGGAGUAAGGAACAAACGCGUGAUUUGAUAAAGACAGCGUUAACCAAGCACACAUAUACACAAUUUAUUUUCCGUUAAAAGUUCGAUGCAUUUAUAAGGAUUAUUUAUGCUAAAGUUAUAAUAAUAGAGAAGCUAAGAGUUACCGCACGAUAUAAAGACGUUACACGAGUGAUAAAGAGGAAGUAAUUUAUUGCAUUCAAUUCAUAUAAGACUUUCGAAUUAUAAUGAAAAAUAAAUAACGAAGGAAAAUAUGAAAAAAAAUCUAUUUCAAAGUACUGCCGUUCCUUGCGUGAACACCCGUCUUAAGUACAAAGCCCAAACCGGCUGAUCUUUUUUUAAUUAUUAUUAUUUCCUUUUUUUCUACGACAUUGUAUCGAUAAAAGUUAUUUAAAAAAUGAUGAUAAUAAUAUUGUAACGAUAUAGAAUAACCGACUGAUUGAUUUUUACGAAACGCGCGAGCUAUAGGAAAAUAAAAGAAAACGAUAUACCUUUGAGGUUUCAUUCCAUAAAAUGUCCGCUUAUCUUAAAAGGUUUCGAAAAGCAUACCCUAAACUGUAUAUUGUUAAUUUUAUAUUUAUAAUAUUGUGUUAGAUUUUUCUUUCCUUUUAUAUAUUAGAUUAAAUAAAAUUCACUUUAUCUCCCAUAAGUAUAUUAUAUGUGAAGAAUAAGGAAAAUUUUGUAUAAAGCAUUAUUUAAAUAAAAUUUAUUUGGUCUGAACAAAGACAACUUUUUCUAUUUUCCAAAAUUCGUACACGUAUUUAAAUGUGAAAACAAAUAUAAAAUUAACAAUCGAGUAGUAUGGUUUUAGAUUUGGUUUUCUGAUUACUGAUCAGUCAUAAGAGAUACAAAAAUAAGAGUAUUUCAGAAAUAAAAAGAAAACCGUGGGACCUAAAUUCAUCCGAUGGUUGUAAUAACAAAACACUCGUAAAAUAAAUGAAUGCAGACAUUUGCAACGAAAAAUCAGCGACACACGACCACUUUUUUCCACGUUUCCAUACCAUCACUUGGCCAUUCCUGUACAUAUAAAGCUCAGUGAGGAGAGAAUACAAGAAAAAUAAACAUAGUGCAUAAACGUAAUAAGAUUAUGGAGUAAAUGUGUAAAGUGUGAUACUCUUUAUCUAGUAAUGUUUUAACAUGGGCUAUGCUCAAAAAUAAA